GAUAUUCAAUUGAUGACAUUGUGUUUGAGGUUAUGUUCGAUUAUCAUUCAUUGAAUAUUAUCAUUGCAAUUAUUGUUAAUUUUUCAUUAUGUUUAUGCGAUUGAAAAACAUUUUUUGAUUCAUGUUUUGACUACUUCAACAUUCAUCAUGUCAACCCCACGCCCUCAAUCAUCCUGGGAAUGGGCGUGCCGAAUUGCUCCUCCAGUCCCUAAAAAGAAACUCCCUUCUGAAGAGGUGUUGGACCAUCCCUUGAAACCAAUGACGAUAACGGUUAGUGAAACGAGAGGAGCCUCUAAACGUGUGGGAACCGGAUCUUCCACUCCUACUCCUUCUCUUGUGAUGGACCCCCUAGGGGCAGCAUUGGAUGGAUCAGAUCCACUAUCACAGUUCGCUAAAGACCCUUUAACUACAGAUGCGUGGGAUACAUCUGACUCGCCUAGUACAAAAGUGUCGUCAUCUUCAUCUGAUGAAUACAUGGAGCCUUGGCAUACAAGACGAGCGGUUAUCCUCAAUAAAUUCACCACAUCUGAAAAGUUAUCCAUGGUUUCUAGUUUUCUCGCAGCGGGAGAGAAAGUUGUAAGACCGCAAAGCUCAGUGAGCUCAGUAGUUCGCACGCGUCUCGAGCAACUGGACGACUACGACGAUGGAUCCAUGAGAGAACUGGGCAACCUCAGCCAACAGGAGUACAUCACCCGCAUCGAACAACUCAACAAAGAACUGGUUCUCAACUGGGAGAAGGACUCCCGUGUCAACGCACUCCGCAUCGCCAUACAAUGCUCGGCCCUUCUGGAGGACACUUCCGUCAUCCGAUUCUACCCCAGCAAAUUCGUCCUCAUCACAGACAUUCUAGACAUUUUCGGCAAACUCGUCUACGAUCGCAUCAAAGCUAAAGCGGAGAGUAAGAUCACGGCUGGUAGGAAAGGUUCAACCGGUUUACCUGACAAUUUCACACCCGAUAUGAUCCCCGAAGAAGCUAAAGAGAUCUGUUCGAACUGGUUUUACAAGUGCUCCUCGAUCCGUGAACUGGUUCGUCGGUUGUACGUCGAAGCCUCCAUACUGAAAACGUACAGUUUUCUAACGAAAGCUGAGUUUUCCGAUGCGUUGACCAGGUUGACAAAGAUGGUGAGAGGUAUCGGUGAUCCGUUGGUAGCUGUAUACGCCCGAUGUUAUCUCUGUAGAGUUGGUAUGAGUGUUUCAACAAUCAACCGUCAGUUUUUGAAGGAGAACUUCUACGAUUUCUUAGCUACCUACCAUCAGUUAUUCAGUGGACCGGUGAGAUCCGUACUGAACACGCAGAAAGUCGACAUGUGCACCUACCUCCACCUUUACACCCCCGCCCUGGAGUGGAUCGUGCAAGGUUUAGCUCACAACGCCCCCGAAUCUCUACUAGUUGAAAUUCUAAGUCGCUGCUACCAUAAAGGCAACAGUGCGCUACUCUUGAAUACUGUGAUGACCUCGUUCAGACCCUCCUACAUAAGUUCCAGAGCGUUGUACUUUAUCGAAUUAAUAUCAGCUUGUAACACAGAGGGCUACCCUCAGUAUCUGUUGUUCAAAAGUUUGGGCAACUGUUUGAGUGUCGCUGAAACAGAGUCACCGCUCCAGGUACUGAACGAGGUGUGGAAGGUGAUUUCGAAAUUGGAACAGCCCUCCCAGUAUAUAGCUUGUGCGGAGGUGUGGGCGCAUUUCGUCGUCACCCAUUUCUCCAACCAUGAGAUCAAUAUUUUUUUGGGAGACAUCAUACAACACAUGACACCGAACCGAGUCUACGAACAGUUCUACCCUCAGUUGUUGAACAUUGUUGAUAAGGUGGUGACUCACUGCGCCGAUUUCGAGAGUCUGUUCAGCAUGGACAAGUUCCUGCCGCUGAUCGACAUGUUCCACGGGGAGACGAUCAAGGUGAACGUGUGCAAAAGCAUCAUGGCGGCCUACAUGUCACGUGGCUCCAACCAGCUGUCCAACGAUCCCAUUGUCAUUGACGCGCUCAUGUUUGUGUGCCGAGGCAUGCAUGAUUCCGUCAGUGUACUGACAGUGGAAGAUGAGAAGCGCCAAAUAGGUCUGCUGAUCUCACAACUGGUGAGACAAGUGAACUUCGGGCAAGACUUGGAACAACAGCUGAGCUACUUUGUCGAGGCUAGAGCCGCCUUCACAAAUCUCGACUCUGUUCACACAACCCUUGUACAGUGUGUGAACAAGCUGUCGGUGAACACGGGUCGAAUAGUUCGCGGCCACCACACCCGCAAGACGGCCUCUUUCGUACGCGCAUGCGCCGCCUACUGCUACAUCACAAUUCCUUCCAUAUUCUCCGAAUACACGCGACUGCAGCUGUACCUGUUGUCGGCGGAAGUGGCUCUCAUGAACCAAUGUCUCGGCCAGGCGGAUGCGUGCUUGAAAGCAGCCCUAAGCCUCGUUCCGGAGCUUCCUACCUCUAUUGAAGUCGACGGCAAGAUGCGCAGCUCAGAACCCUAUCUCACUUCAUACAUCAGCCACUUCCUAUCACUCCUUCUCAUUGUACCGGACAGUCCUCAACUGGGAGUUUUGUAUCUAUUGAGAGGCUUGCUCAAUGUACUCAAGCACUACACCUGGGAACAAAACAGUUCAGCUAGAAUCAGAAUUUACCUCUAUGUCAUAGAUAUGCUUUCCACCGCUGCUCAAGAAACAUAUCCCUAUGCUAUUAGAAAAGUCGAUUCAAACGAUGUGCUAUACGGAUCGGAUCCGAAAUUUAUUGCCGAAAUAAAUUCAGUAUGCUCUGGACUGGUGGAGGAAAUUCUCACACAUUUGAAGUUUUUGGGCAGCAGUGACCAACUGCAGAAGCAGUCUGCACUUGCGUUCGACCUGUUUAUAAGGAUAGUGAUCCGUGGCGACCUUACCAGUCCCGGCCUUGCUACUCUAGCGCUCAAUCUGUGGAACUUGGCCAAUAAAAAUAGACUCUUGGAUCCUAAACUUGCAGUAAGGACAGUGGAAUAUCUGAAAAGAAGAAGCCAUUUACAGGGUAGCCAGCAAAACGUAUACAAUGAACUACUGAAUAAAUUAGGAUUAUAGUUGUGAUAACAAAAUAGUAUAUGAUAUUAUUUAAUGAGAUUUAAAUUAAGUUCCAUGGACCACACAAUAAUUGCCUGAAGAAGUACCGUAAUCAAAUUUCUCAAAGAUAUUGAAACCAGUGUGAUCGUGUAAUCUGUUAACUAGUUUGAAAUUUGCAGGUAAGCAGAAAUGAACGAAGAUUGCACUGAAAUAGAAAGUUAUUAAGGUUAUUUAUUUAGAUUAAUUUAUGAUUAUUUAUCUAUAAAUGGAUGCCAUUAGAUAUUAUCUUGUUAAAGUUAUAAAUAUACCAUAAAUUGAAAUUUCAACUAGAACUUUUAGGCCCGAUUGCACAAAAGCCUGUUAAAUUUUAGUCAUGUUUAAAUGUCACGAGAUUCAAUUAGAGAAGUCUGUUCUUAUUGGUUCUCAUGGCAUUUAAUCACGAUAAAAAUUUAACAAGUUUCUGUGCAACCAGGGCUAAAUCUUGUAUUUUAGGGACAUAUACCACCAUCUACGUUCAAAGAUUACAUGUGUAAUCGAAGUGUUGAAUUGACGUUCCCACCAAUUGUGCAAGGUUUUGAAGUAUAAUUGUGAAGUAACUAAGUUAGCUAAUAACUCCAUUUUGAGUCGUAUAGCCUACAAGGUGAGUUCUGAAAAUUGUAACUAUCAAAAUUAUAUUUACUAACUGUUCACUGCCGUAAUAAAGAAAUAAUUCCAUCAAUGGAACAUAAUAUAUGUUCCAAACAGUACUAUCAAUAUAGACCUGCGGCACAAUUUUGUGAGCCACUGAUAACACCAAGGUCUCUUUAAUUUCUUAAAUUAUACACUGUGGUGUAUAAUGAAGCUAUAAAGUUCUGUAUAUGGUUUAUGGUUCUGCAUAUUCUGGCUGAUUAUUAUAUUUUCUGCGUUGAUAGGAGCUUCAUCAUAUUUUAUUUGACAAAGUUCGCUUCAAGAAUAUUACUGGUAAUUAGAAAUUGAGUGUUUUUUAUAUAUUUUUGAUAUAUGCAUGACGCAUAUAUCUGUGCCGCUUGGCAGUGAACGGGUUUUAAACUGUUUAAAUCACUAUUAUUCUUAAAUCUUUACAAAAUAAUACUCGAACCCAUAAUUAUAAACUAUCACAGCUACUAUAGUACUCGUACAUGCAAUAUAUUUAUAUUUUUAAUUAUUAUAUAUUGCAAUAAUUUAAUGAAGUCUUUAGAUAUUUUUUUAAUUUGUUAUAUAUUUCAUGAUAUUAUGUAUUAAAUCGAUACUCAUUAUCAUCCGAAAUCCACCAUUCCAAAGUUUUUUGGAAUACAUUAUAUUGUUAUGUAUCUGAUAUAUAUUUUUUAAUAUAAAAUGUUUGAAAAUC